GAUUGCUGAGUUGUUUAUUGUUCCUAAUGAACCUACUCUAACUGAUGCUCCCGAGGCUCCUGUGUCGUCUGAGGCUCCAACUGACCCUGCUCCAACAGAUGCUCCCCAAAUUUCUGAGCUACAUGAGGCUCCAGUUGUCCGUGUUUCAACUGAUGCUCCCAAGGUUCUUGAGAUGUCUGAGGCUCCAGCUGACCAGACUCUCUAUGAAGACGAUGUAUGCCUUUGCCUAUUGGAUAGAAAUCCACUAAGUCAUGGGAUUGCUGAGUUGUUUAUUGUUCCUAAUGAACCUACUCUAACUGAUGCUCCCGAGGCUCCUGUGUCGUCUGAGGCUCCAACUGACCCUGCUCCAACAGAUGCUCCCCAAAUUUCUGAGCUACAUGAGGCUCCAGUUGUCCGUGUUUCAACUGAUGCUCCCAAGGUUCUUGAGAUGUCUGAGGCUCCAGCUGACCAGACUGUAGGGAUUUAA